AUGUGGAUCCUCAGAUACCAGUAUGAUUUGGAAGAUGGUAAUUUAAAGCACGUCUCUUGCUGUUUAAGACUUGGUGAGACGUAUAACAUCGGCAGAUCUAGUAAGAACCUGUUAAAUAUAAAAAAUGAUAAAAGUAUAUCGAGACAACAUGUAAGUAUUUGCUGGGAUGGUAAGGAUCGUCAAUUGAAACUGAUUAACCAAGGUAAGAUGACAGCUGUUUCUGAAAAGUAUUUAAAAAUGGGGGAAUCUAUAAGUUUUGGGAAAUCAAUGGGGACGGUUUUGGUGGAAUUGGGCACAAAACCGUUGAAAAUGCAACUGCAGUGGAUGGAUUCUAUUUGGAUGGUACCUCAGGGAAGUCGAUCAGACCAUAGCGCUUUAGAAGAACUUGGCAUUGAAGUUUUGUCAUCUGAAUUAAGUAGGGCCAAUCUUAUAGUGAUAGAUGAGCAGCAAAAUUACUCUCGAUGGCUUUAUGGAUUAGUAAAGAGGAUACCGCUCAUGAACCUUGAGUUUUUGAAUGUUGUGUCCCAGAAAGUUUCUGGUCAUGAAACCGAAUUCGAUUCAAUUUGGACCAAGAUUAUGAAUGAUGGAAGUCUUCGGUACAAAUCAUGGGAAGUUCAAGCUCAAGUAUUGCAGAAUCUAGAGUUUUUAACUGUUGGUAAGGAUGAAGACACCUCGUUAGCUAUUGAAGCUGCUGGUGGUAAAUAUUCAGCAGUUCUGAGUGUUGAAGAAUUGCGAGAAGCAGUGAAAAGGAAGGGGGAUUUGAGUAACGUUGUAAUACUAAAAAGUCAUCUUACACCAGCUGAGGAAUUAGCCCCCCUGGGCAAGACUUUUACCGUGCAGGACGUGGUGGAAGCGAUACUGAAAGAUGAGGUGAAUUCAUUGAAGAAUGGAGUCAUUGGAGAGGUUGCGAAGAGACCUGAAGCUGAAGUCCCAAUGGAAAAGCCAGUUACCAAGAAACGUAGGUUGAAUAGACCUAGAGUCAAACCACUAGAUAUUUUGAGUUUCUUUGCUGGCGGUGACUCCAUGAAAGAAUCUCAGGGAGAAUCCACCAUGAAGUUAAAUUCACAGGAGGAAGAAUCGAAGGAUCCAAGAAAGUUAGAAGAUCCAAAGGAAGAAUCAAAAGAAUCUAAGGAGGUAUUGCAACCAGAGGUACCGAAGGAAUUUAACGAAUAUUCGAAGGAAGAACCUGGGCAAAAGUCGUAUGAGGAAUCAAAGGCAGAUGAAAAUGAAAAAUCUCUGGAAGAAACGGUCGAACCAACUCUACAAGUGACGGAACCUCCUCCUACGUCUGCCGCUGAAAAACCAAAUAACGCCCGCCCUCAUAGAAAGCCAACUUUAAGUGAUUAUAGGAAAGGUGAGAGUCCUUCACAAAAUGAUAUGAUUCAAAUGAUUCAAGACACCAAAAACCAUGAAGUUAAGCGUCUAAAUUCCACCAUCAUUCAAGUUGGUGAUGAGGAGUUGACUGAGGAUGCGAUCAAUCAGCUGGGUAAUUUAGUGUUGGUGGAUCGGAAUGACAAUUUGAUGCGUCGUAGAGAUCGUUCACCAACUGUAGAUAGCCAUAAUCCUAACUGGAACAAUCGUAAGAAUUUUAAAAAUUUCGUUAAAGUGUGGCCCAAGUAUGGAGGACAAGAUAGUACAAGUCGAGAAGGAUCUUCAGAUACAAUCCGCAACCGUGCAUUCCUAUUGACGAGACAAUAUGUGCCGACUAGGACAUAUACUAGUGGAGACUCUUCCAAGCAAGCACAAGAAGAUCUUUACGAUUUCCCAGAACCACAACCAGAGGCACAAUCGGUACCGCAAGUAGAAGCUCCUGGUCCGAACAAUUUAUUUGUGAUGGAUGAAGACGAUUCACAAGACGUAGCACUAGAAGAACCAGAAAAACCUGUCCUUCCCUCAACGUCGCAUCUAAUUGAUGAUAGAGAGAGCGACAGUGACAGUGAUGAUGACGAACCCAAAUUCCAGUUCAAGAGAAGGAAAAGAUAG